AUGGUGCGCUAUAGAUGCUCUCAGCCGCCGCACGCACUCCCGCUGCACGGCCGUAUACUGUUACUGUCCUCGUCUGUGCAUUAUCUGAACUGGCCCCUGGGCGGUGUGCGGGGUGGGGGGGGGCAUAAAAGCAGCCAUAUACCUCCACUGGCUCCAAACGGAUACCUCCACUGGCUACAAACAGAUACCUCCACUGGCUCCAAACAUAUACCACUGGCUCCAAACAGAUACCUCCACUGGCUCCAAACAGAUACCACUGGCUCCAAACAGAUACCUCCACUGGCUCCAAACAGAUACCACUGGCUCCAAACAGAUACCUCCACUGGCUCCAAACAGAUACCACUGGCUCCAAACAGAUACCUCCACUGGCUCCAAACGGAUACCUCCACUGGCUCCAAACAGAUACCACUGGCUCCAAACGGAUACCUCCACUGGCUACAAACAGAUACCUCCACUGGCUCCAAACAGAUACCUCCACUGGCUACAAACAGAUACCUCCACUGGCUCCAAACAUAUACCACUGGCUCCAAACAGAUACCUCCACUGGCUCCAAACAGAUACCACUGGCUCCAAACAGAUACCUCCACUAGCUCCAAACAGAUACCUUCACUGGCUCCAAACAGAUACCUCCACUGGCUCCAAACAGAUACCACUGGCUCCAAACAGAUACCUCCACUGGCUCCAAACAGAUACCUCCACUGGCUCCAAACAUAUACCACUGGCUCCAAACAGAUACCUCCACUGGCUCCAAACAUAUACCACUGGCUCCAAACAGAUACCUCCACUAGCUCCAAACAGAUACCUCCACUAGCUCCAAACAGAUACCACUGGCUCCAAACAGAUACCUCCACUGGCUCCAAACAGAUACCUCCACUGGCUCCAAACAGAUACCUCCACUGGCUCCAAACAGAUACCACUGGCUCCAAACAGAUACCUCCACUGGCUCCAAACAGAUACCUCCACUAG